CUAAGCGUCGUUUCGAGGAACGUCGAAGUUGACAAAAUGUACUACGAAAGUUACGAAGUAUUGCCAAAAGUGUAGGUUAUGUUAGUCUAAAUGGAAUCCUUUGUAAAGUAUUAAGUGUUUCAUAAACUAAUUAGCGCGCUCGAUUUACGAAAAUCGAUACAAGGCUGUUUUGGAAAAAUAGUUUUGGUUAUGUGUAAUUCGAAGCGUAAAUAAAUAAACUUGAAUUCUACGAUGCAUAAAAACUCCAUGGGACGAUGAUACCAUGUCAGUGGACAAUACUCAGAAGCCAACAAGUAACGAAUAAUAAAAUCCACCCGAAUGUCAGUACAAAUUGUUCUCCCAUGGAUAGGUACGGCGAAGACGAAGCAAGCUCGCGAAUGCAAAUAUAACGCGCCCAGCAUCGAAUAUCAAAACAAUGUCCGAAAGUCCUAAGAUGGGCCUGUUUGGCUCCAAAGACGAGACAAACGAAACAAAACAAGAAGUCAAGGACGAUUCGCCAGACCGUUACGCUCCUUAUUGUAUUGACAGUGAUUCGGAAACUUAUGACACAGAAGCUCUAAGCAUCAUGGAUAUUAAUGAUAUUAUUGGUGUUCAAUCGGAACCAGUCAGUGAUUCCACCUUAGAAAGCGAAAUUGCAGCGCUUUCUCAAAUUAUUACAGAAUCAAAAACAGAUGGAAGUCAAAAUAUAAUCGAAGACAAGUUUGAGAAGCAAGAGGAAAAUAUGUCCGAGGGCCAAAAGGCUUCCAAAGUUGAAAACAUCAAUCCUAUUCGAAUAUCUGACACGAACGAAUGUUUGAAAUCUGUAGUACAGAAUUUGAACAAUGUUUGUACCGAAGAAACAACUUGUGAUAGCGAUGUAAGACAAUUAAGCGAAGAAUGUUUGCAGCCUAAUAAUAAAAACACUUCGUUCAAGAAUAUGGGAUUCAAAAAUCAACAGAAAGAUUGUGAAACUACUGUAUUAACAGACUCUAUCGGUGUUACAAACAAAACAGAUGUGUUUAGUCAAUCUUCAGGUGAUCAUAUUUCAUUGACUUUGGAGGCUGCAAAGAAAGAAAAAACUAUUACAUCUAGUGAAGAUCAACAAGAUCAUAAUGUUCAAAUCAGCAUACUAAAUAAUGAAGUAAUAACUGUAAAAACUGAUAGUGGUAUUCGUGGAAGUUUACAGCUUAUUGGGGAAGCAUAUAGUUCAGAGGACUCGCAAGAUAUGAGUACAAAUGACAUUGAGCCACAUAUAAUAGCUACAACAGUUACUUCUAACAAAAGCUGUUUAAUUCACAAGGAAGAGAAAAAGGAAACAAGUGAUUCCUAUGAUACAUUAGAUAAUUUAAAUAGUGUCCCUGAAAUGUCUGAUAAUAUAAAUUUAAGUAAGGUGUGUACAAACAAGGAUAUUCCUUCUGGAACUGUAGAGAAUAAAGUGCACAAUAUGGAAAUUGAUACAUCUAGUAUUUCUGAAGAACGUAGACACACAGAAGAAUUGUCUAGUGCUCUAGAAAAAACAGAAGACAUUGUUCCUAAUGAAUACAAAAUAGAUAGUUUUAAAAGUGUUGAUUUAGAAUCUAAAAAAGAAGAAAUCAAUGUAGAUCUUGCUGAUAUGGAUGUAAUAAAAGCAGAGGAAUUACUGGAAGAGAAAGAUGAUUUGAAACUAGGAGAAGAAAAUGAAAUAAUAGAAUGUUCUGAAAUGGAAAUAAAUAAAAAGAGUAUAGAGCUUGUGGAUGAUACUUCUGUUCCAAAAGAUGAGAAACAUGAAACAGAAAUUAUUGUAGGACACAUAGAAACUGCAGAACAUGGAACAGAGAUUGUAAAAGAAAAUACAGAGACUGAAAUUGUAGAAGGAAACGCAGAAAUGAAAGAAUGUGAAACAGAAGUUGUAAAAGAAGACAUAGAAAUGGACGUACAUAAGAUAGAAAAUGUAGAAGAAAACACAACAAUGGAAAAACAGGAAAUGGAAAUUGUGGAAAAGAACACAGAAGCAGAAAAAUAUGAAACAAAAAUUGUAGAAGAAAAUACAGAAGUGGGAAAACAUGAAACAAAAAUUGUAGAAGAAAAUACAGAAACGGAAAUACAUGAAACAGAAAUUGCAAAAGAAAACGCAGAAACGGAAAUAGAUGAAACCCAAAUUGUAAAAGGAAACACAGAAAUGAUAGUACCUGAAACAGAAAUUGUAGAAGGAAACACAGAAAUGGAAAUACAAAAAUUAGAAAUUAUAGAAGAAAGCUCAGAGGUAGAAAAAGAUAAUACAGAAAUGGAAGUUGUAGAAGAAAACACAGACGCGGGAAAACAUGAAAUAAAAAUUGCAGAAGAAAACACAGAAGUGGGAAAACACGAAACAAAAAUUGUUGAAGAAAAUACAGAAAUGGAAAUUGUAGAAGAAAACACGGAAAUGGAAAAAAAGGAUACAAAAGUUGUACAAGAUAACCCAGACGCGGAAAAACAUGAAACAAAAAUUGUAGAAAAAAACACAGAAACGAAACAGCAUGUGCCAGAAAUUGUAAAAAGCAAUGUAGAAAUGGAAGUACCUGAAACAGAAAUUAUAGAAGAAAAACCAGAAGUAGAGAAUCAUAAAACAGAAAUUAUAGAAAGAAAUACAGAAGUGGAAAAACAUGAAGUCAAAAUUGUAGAAGAAAACAUAGAAAUGGAUAAACAUAGAACAAACAUUGUAGAUGGAAAUACAAAAGAAGUUGGAAUACACGAGUCAGACAUUUUAGAAGAACACAAAGAAAUGGAAAUACAUAGCACAGAAAUGGUAGAGGACAACAUAGAAUCUGACACACAUGAAACAAAUAUUGUAAAAGAAGACACAAAGGAAAUGGAAAUUCAUUCUACAGAAACUGUGGAAGGAAACACAGAAAUGGAAAAUCUUGAAACAGACAUUGUAGAGGAGAACUUAGAAGUAGAAAAACAUGAAACAGAACUUGUAAGGAAUACAGAAAUAGAGAAACAUGAAACCGACAUUGUAGAAGGAGUUGUAGAACGUAUGGAUACAGAAGAGGAAUGGAAACAUGAUUCUAAAAAAUGUACAUACAAAGAAAACAAAGAAUCUGUCAAUAUUUUGAAUAUUGAAAUCAAUGCAGACGAUAACAACUUAUUAGAUAUAGAGUCAAAUGAUGAAGUGAAUAUAAAUAAUGAUGCAGUACUUACUCAAAAGGAAAAUAAAUUAGAAACAGAAUCUACACAAUGUCAACCAGAAAAUAUAAAUGAUUCUAAAGUUGGGGAAUGCCAACAGUUGGAUUCACAAGAUAUAAAGGAUAAUUCAGAUGUAUUGAAACUACCACAAGAAAAAGAAGAAUUGAAUAUUAGAAAAUUGGAGAUUAUAAAAGAAGUGCAAGAAAAUUCUUUGAAACCAUUGACCAGUCAAUUGUCCUCUCAAACAAGCGACAAGGAUUCUGUAACUUUUGGGGAAAAUUCUGCAUUAGAUUCACAAAUUAUUACAGAGUUACCCUUGCAAACUGAAAAUUUAGUCAAUAAUGCAGCAAAUAUUGUGAAUGCAGAAAUUAAUAUAGAUAUACAAACUGAAGAUAGCAAAAGCCAGAAUCCUAUGCCAUCUGAAACUGAGACAAAGGAACCUUCUAUCAAUGAAUCAGUAGAAGCAAUGGAAUUAUCAAUUACUGAAGAGAAACCUAAGGAUGAACUGAAAACAUGUACAUCAGUAAUUUCUGAUACAACUUCUGAUCGUGAUGCACAAAUGGAGGUAGAUUCUGUAGUUCCUGUAGUAGAGUCAUUGGCAACUUCAAAUAUUACAAUGUCUGUAGAUACUAAUACCGAUGAAAACAGUGUUAUAAAUACAAAAUCAAUGAAAAUUGAAGAAUGUAUUUCUGAAGAGCAAAGCGAAGAAUUAAAAGAUGUCCAGGAUAGAAUAAUUGAAGAAACAGAAACGAAAGAAACUUCAAAUACAGAUGAUAUUAUUGAGCAGCAUACAGAGUUGAAAGAUCUAGAAAUUGUUGAAAAAGGUGAAGAUAUAGAUCUUAAUCUCUCUGAAGAAACUAAAAUUGAUGUACAGUCAACUAAAGACAAAGAUGAAAGUUCUUCUUUCAAAGUUCUUGUAAAACCAGAGGAAUCAUUGGAAACAGAAACAAGUACAUUAGGGAAACACGGAGACAUUUGUAAAAGCGAUGAUAAAAGAUAUCCUGAGCAGUUGAUAGAAGAUAAUACAACUGCGAUACAAUGCAAAACAGAUGUAAAAAUAAAAGAAAUUAAAGAGUCUAUCGCUAGCGAAGAUCAAAUUUCUGAUAUAAAGUCUGUCCCAAAAGAUUCAUUGUUGUCACCAUCAGAUUGUACUGAAAUUUUAAUACCUGAAGGGAAUGCAGAAGAGGAAGGUACAGAGGAGGAAUUGAAUUUAACUUCAGAACCAGAUGAAGUUGAAUCGCAGUCAGAAAUGAAUCAAGAUGAUCCUAAGCAAGAUUCGGAGAAAGAAAACGUGACGGAAAUUAUUGAAGAAAUUUGUAAAGAAAGUGAACCAACUGUUGUAGAAAUGGAUGAUGCUAAUACAGAUUCAUUGAAUAUAGAAAAACUAAACAUUCUUGAUACAAAUGCAGAAAAAAUCAUUAAUUUGGAUAGCACCGAAGAUUCAAUGGUAAUAGAGGAUGUAAAUAAAAAUCAAGAGCUAUCAAACAAACAACAUAUAGAAGAUAGUGAUUCGAAAAGCGAUGAAGAUGGAAAUAAUUUAAAGAAUAUUUUAGAUACUAGUAACAAUACAGAAGAAAUGUUCACUGGAGAACAGAGUCAAAACACAGAGGACAUUGUCACAAGUAUUCUGGAUGAUGUCAGAAGCGCAACUGAUUUUAAAAACAUUUUAACAACAGAAGUGGAUGUGGCUAACGAAAUGGAAACAGUUUUUCAACAAUCUGCGGAUUUACCAUUGGUGGAGGCUGAAAUGGAGGAAUUAACUGAGAAGCUGCCACACGAUUCGGAAGACAUUCUGAACAAAGACAUGGAGGAUACGAUAUCGACGCAAAAUAUGGAUUCUUUGGAAGGAUUGCUGGGCUUAGAUCUGAUACCAGAAGGUGAGGAUGCAACGUUAAAAACGAUGGAACCAGAAGAACAAACUCGGGAAGAACUGACAUCACCGAAGGAUGUAGAUAUGACCCUUUUAUUGGAACAGUCAAAUGAUGCUCCUGACGUGACACAAGCUUCGGAUUAUAUAACCGACGUUAUUAGUAGUUGUUUAACAGACAGCAAUACCCUAUCGUUGGAAGAUAAUAUAGAGAAAAAUAACACAAUUGAGGCUAUAGACGAUAAGACUGAAGAAUCUGAGGCAAGUAAUGUAUUAAAAGUCAAUGACAUUAUAAUUUCCGCGUCUAUGAAUAAAGAUGAUAAUGUAGAAAAUUUACAGAAGGAAGUGGAUGCAGAUACUGGUUUACCAGUGAAUGAACUAGACAUAGACUUCGAAGAAACCCCGUUGGAGUCUGUAGAUGAUCUGGAAGAAACUGAAUCUAAGCUGGAAUUGGCUCAAGAUAUAUUGUUAUCAAACGUAGACCAAAGUGAAAAUUUGAAUGAUGCGUCGGCCUGUGUAGAAACGUCACAGCCUAGUUCUGAAAUAUCCGAAUUAGAGUCGGCUGUUAAAUUUCUUCAAGAGUCCGAAGAACAGACUAUUGAUUCUCCUUUGGCGCUCUCUUCUAAGCUGGUAGAAAGCGUGGUGCACGACAUAACAAAACAGGCAGAUACGUCCUCUCUCUUUGUACCCGACGAGGAAAUGUGCGAGGAUGGGUCGGAACUGGUGGUAGAGCUUGAAAAUAUCGAGACGGAUUCGAUUUCCAUUUCCGAGGCUGAAAUCAUAUCGGAAGCUGCGAAACUGGAGAGCGAAAGGAAGCUUGCCGAACAAAUUAAGCUCGACGCGGCUAUACAGAAGUUUGAGAAUGAGGACGAUAAGCUGGCCGCGGACGCAGAAAAGAUUAAAAUAUUUGAGACCGAUGUUAAAUUCGACGAGGGCUCUUCGCAGAACGUUAAAAUGCAACAAACGUUAAAUAUCGACAACAAAAGGAUGAUCGAAACGAUGUCAACAUUGCCUCAGACGAUCCUCAAAGUUUCGGAAACUAUCCCAAAAGUCUCGAUUUUGGAGGAACGUCUGAAAGAGCCGCCUAAGAUAGAAAUUCCACCCACGGAUGUGACGAAGGUUUUGAUUUCCCCGACGACAUCCAAGGACAGUCUUCUCAUUCCGAAGGACGCGAAAUUGAUCGCCUACCAAAAGAUGUUGGAGUCGCCAAAGUUGUCCGAGAGGUUGGAACCGAAGAUCACGGAAACGCCACGGAAGGACUCCGAGAAACACGAUUUCGAGAAUGUCGGUUCGCCAAGGAUAAUCUUAAAGAUUGCUAAAUCUGCGAUCACCGAUUGCGGCGAGCCAAGAUCGCCUAAGAGUCCGAAGAUCAGGUCCGCGACCAAUUCGCCGAAUCCUGAGGACAGUCCGGGACAGAAAUUGGGAAAGAUCAAAUUGAAGCUGUCGAAGAGCGGUCACCCUUCGAUAAUAUCGAACGAAAACAUCGAGGAAAUGGGACAGUGGUAUUCGGAGGGCUCUUUGUCGUUGUCUCCGAUCGGCAUGAAGAUCAAAUUGUCGAAAUCAGGGGACGUGUCCAUAGUGUCUUCCGAGAAGCACGAGGCGGACGAUUCGAAGGAAACGAAACACAAAUUUGAGGAAGCCAAGAGGACCGAGUCGCCGAUCGGAAUGAAGAUCAAACUAUCAAAAAGUGGCGACGCAUCCAUAGUGCAACAGGACGCAAAAGACGUGCAGAUAAAGCACAAGGAGAAGCUGGACAUAGUUCAGGGAAGUCCCAAGAGAACAGAGUCUCCUAUUGGAAUGAAGAUCAAGUUGUCGAAAACCGGAGACGCGUCGAUAAUACAACCGGAGAGACACGAGGUUCAGGAAGACCACAGAGAAGCACAAUUACGUCCUAAGGAGAAAUUAGAGGCAUCUUACGACUCCCCCAAGAGAAUGGACUCUCCCAUCGGGAUGAAGAUCAAGUUAUCCAAGACCGGGGACGCCUCGAUUGUUUCGCCAGACAUGCCGGAUGAAGGUAAGGACACGAGCAAGGUAAAGGACAAGGUAGAGAAUUCGUCUCCCGAAAUUCCAAAGAGGACCGAGUCCCCGAUGGGAAUGAAAAUUAAGCUGGCCAUGACGAAAGGUGGAGCGUCCAUAAUUUCGAUGGAGAAUCCGGAUGACGCGAAGGAGAAACUGGAGAUCCCGGAUGUCCCUAAACGGACUGAUUCGCCGCUUGGAAUGAAGAUCAAAUUGUCGAAAACCGGGGACGCGUCUAUCGUUCAUUCGGAAAUUUCGGACGAGGGUAAAGAAACCAAACAGAAGGAAAAAUCAGAGAGCAAGGAGAAAUUGGAUACUCAGCAGGACACGGCGAAACCAUCGGACACGUCUUCUGCCGUGAAAAGAAAGAUUGUGAAGUCAAUAGACGCGACGAUAGUCGCGCAAGAAUCCACAAAAGAAUCAGAAGUCGCGCAAGAAGCUUCGACCAAAGUUGAAUCGUCAAUUGGCAUGAAAAUUAAACUCUCCAAAUUUGGAGAUCCAUCCAUAGUACCCACGGAUAAGCAAGAGCAAUUAGAGGAGCCCAGGCUUCAUCAGGAGACAUCUAAACGAACGGAGUCUCCUAUUGGAAUGAAGUUCAAGUUGUCCAAAACUGGCGAUGCUUCGAUCAUACAAUCUGAAGUGUCCGAGGAUAUAAAUAAAACGAUACGUAGCGAUGCGGAACAUUCUAAAACCACUGACGCUGCGUUAGGGAUGAAGAUCAAGCUGUUGAAAACAGGUGAUGCCUCUAUAGUGGAUACAGAGAAGAAAGAGAGACAACUGAAACGUCGAGACACCGAAUCGCCCUUGGAAAUGAAGAUUAAAUUGUCCAAGACCGGUCAUCCGACGAUAGUAGCUUGUGAUACUCACGCGGAAUCCACCCAUAGGACAAAAGAAGUUUCAGAACAGACUCAUAGUUUCGCUCAGAGGUACAAAGAAUCGACGCAAGCUGUUCACAAAGAGCCUGCACUGAAAAUACUCAAAACCGGACACUCGACUAUUUUGCAAAGCAAUCGGUCGGAAUUGACGAUCGAACCUGUGCAAGUGUCGGGAAAGAAAGCGGACAGUGUGGUCGAAAUAUCACCUAAGCGUAAAGAGGUCACGAUCGCGCCAAUAGAGCCAAAGAAGUCCAAACUAGAAGCUCAGCUCACUCAGAUUUUGCCCGAAGUGACUAUUCAGCCUGUCGCGUCUAGGGACCAGAAGCAGUUCUUGUUCGAUACAAAAUCAAGCGCGAUCAGUCUUCAGCAGAUGAAUGUAAUUAGCCAGGAGAUCAGUAUUACCCAAGUAAGACCGUCGAAGUCGUCGGAUACAUCGAUGAGCGAAAAACUCAAGGACAUCUUAGCGAAGAAUACAACCGGUUCCCCAAUGAAUUCUGAUUGCGAGAUCAUCGAGCAUCGACCAGAAUUGAUCAUAGUGAACGAGAAUUCGAAUUCUAGUCAGGACGUUGUAAUCAUAGAGGAAGUACCACCUACUAGAAUGCCAGAAGUAAAGGUGCCCAAGAAAAGAGGUAGACCCAGAAGGAAUCCGCUGGUCCAAGCAGCCACCCAUCCUCCGCCUCAUUUGUUGAUGCCUAGAGAUCCGUUGUCUUUGGACGAAGCACAUCAGAAGCAACAACCACAAGUCCCACUUUUAGAAUCUAGAGAGAACGAGAGGCCCAAACGAACUUGUAGGAGUCAAAAAAGUUAUGCACCACCUAAGAGAGGUAGAGGGCGAGGUCGGGGAAAGCGAAAAUUGGAUAUCGUGGAUCUUCAAAUGAUAAAACAGCCUAGGAUGGAGCAAGAUUUAACCGCGAUAGAAGCUUCGACGAUGGCUGUAAUAACGAUAGAUGAUCCUCCGGUGCAGCAACAGUCGUUUGGAAAAUCACCGGAAUUGUACAAAGUUCUUAAGCAACCAGCAAUGGACGCUAAGAUUCGAGCCGAGAAAAAGGCUGGAGGACAAAAGAAUGAUGCACGCAAGGGUACACCUUCAAGUUCUACGAUUGUGCACUUGGAAGCGAUCAAGGUAUCGGAUGUACGAUUGGAAGCGACAACAGUAUCGGAAGUACGAAUAGAAGCAACAAAAGUACCGGAUAUAAGAAUGGAAGUAUCAAAAAUACCGGAAAUACGAUUGGAUGUAACCAAAAUGUCGGAAGUACGAUUAGAAUCUUCCAAGACAAUGCCUAAACCGGUGAUGAGUGACUCUAAAGAUAGCAUGAAAGAUAAGAAGUUGACAGAAGUGAGUUCCGAAAAAAUGCAGAAAACCACAUUGAAGUCAGCUGCUGAAGAAAAGUCUGAUAAGACGACGGAGAAUGUAAAGUCGGAAAAUAAAGAGACGUUAUUAGUACCUCCAGAGCACCUGAACUGGUUGACACCAACGUCGAAACGACCGGCAGAAAGUGCUGGAAAACACGAAAAUAUGUCUACGGUACAGGUCAUCGACGAAGAAACACGAAUGAGCGCGGAAUCUGGUUCGAGAUCUCAAACUCCUGCUAGAAAUAUUUCUGCACCAGCUUCUGAAACUAUAGUGAAUGAAGAGUCCCAGGGAAGUGUGCUUAGUACAGCAACUACAGAAUCAGAAAAGGUCAAGGUGAAGAAUCGAAGGAUGGAAAUUAAUUUUGAUCCAGACGAAGGACCAUUUACUGUCGACAAGAUUGCUGAGUACGAAUGGCCACUUGACCGUAAAGGUGAAACUAUUAUGAUACAGGAGCAAAUAUCCCAGUAUCUUGGUGUAAAGUCUUUUAAGAGGAAAUAUCCCGACUUGAAGCGAAGGGUGGUAGAUAUGGAAGAAAGAAAUUAUUUGAGAGAGAAUGGAUUAGUUAGCGAAGCAAUGUGUGACAUGGGUUUAACUGCCAUUUGUAGUUCAGAGGUGUUAGAUGUAAUGUGUAGUGAUUUUCCUGAUCAGUACGAAGAAUAUAGGAAACAUAUGCGCGAGAAGCAGGUGAAGGAACAUUCCAAAAAACAAAAAGAAUUAACGGCAGCUGCAAAUGCAGAAAAGAAUAGAAUUGAUCUAGCAGAAAUGGCUGUUCAAUCUGCACUAUCCUGGAACAUUAGUUUGAAUAAAGCUCGUAGAGAAAAUAGAAAGUGUAGCUUAGAUUUGCAGACCUUUACGCUACAUGUGCCAAAGAAACAACAGAAAGUGGAAACAGAACGCAAAGUCGGCCAUUAUCCCGUUGCUCUAAUACCAGGACAAUAUACAGAUUAUUAUCGUGAAUACACGCCAGCCGAAUUGCGAUAUUACCCCUUAAAUACCGUCCUAUACGGUCCUAUGAGACCAAACGAACGUAAAUUUGAUAGUCAGUCGGAAGGAUCUCAGAGUGACAGUGACAGCGAUUCAUCCUCGGACGAUUCAAGUUCAUCUUCUAGCGAGGGAACACAAGACACCGAAGGUUCUCAGUCCACAAUGGACGAAGUAGAUAUGGAGAUAGUAAAUCAAAAGGAAGAAGUAAAAUUAAAAUGCAAAAUGUGUUUGAAAACAUUAAACAAACUCAGUAAGAAUGAAAUAUUAAUUCAAUGUGGUACAUGCAAUGGACAUGUUCAUCCAUCAUGUAUAGAUUUAACGUUAGAUAUGGUUCCUCACAUUCAAUCGUACGCAUGGCAAUGCACCGAUUGUAAAACUUGUGCUCAAUGCCAUGAUCCUGCGGACGAAGAUAAAAUGCUCUUCUGUGAUAUGUGCGACAGAGGAUACCAUAUAUACUGUGUUGGACUUCGACGAGUACCACAAGGAAGAUGGCACUGCCAAGAAUGUGCCGUCUGUGCGAAUUGUAGCUCAAGAGAACCUGGAGGUGUGAACUCUGACAGAAACAGUGUUGCUCAAUGGCAACACGAGUAUAAAAAAGGUGACAAAAAUACUCGUGUCUAUGUUUCAACGUUAUGCGUUCCGUGUUCAAAGCUAUGGCGAAAGGGUCGUUAUUGCCCGCACUGCAGUCGCUGUCAUACUGCCCCAAGACUCGACCUGGAAGCGAAUCUAGUGCAUUGCAGCGCAUGUGACAAAUAUCUGCACUUAGGGUGCGUGGAGACCAAGGGAAUGCCAUUAGACAGGAAAAACUAUCUGUGUGAUUUUUGUGCACCAAAUCGUCAACAAGUGGUGAAGCCAUUGGUAUCGAAAACAUUGAGAACAUAAAAAAACUGCAAAUUGUACAAUUUUAUUUAAACUUGAAGGAACUGUGUAAAAUGUGAAACGUGCGUUAGUUUAAUUUGGUAAACUAGAGAAUUUUUAUUUGUACCAACAGUGAAUGUCUGUGAAGAUUUAAGUGCUUCAGUUAUCAUGGAAGGAUUUCUUAUGAAUCUUUUGCAUGGAAGAAAUAUGGCUGUACAUA